AUUGUGUUUGUGUCUGCAGGACGCAGCGUCUCUGAGGAGAUUCUUGCUCAAGGAGGACAUCAGAGAGCUGCCCGCUGAGGAGGAGCUGUGGGAGGUCCCAGAGCCUCCCAAACCAGAUAUUUACCUGGACAGAGUGAAUUCAAGGAGUUACUCCUCCAUCAGCGCCCCAGAGGAGCCAUCUCGGCCUUCACAGGAGGAUGGAGAACAGACGUUGAUCUGCUGGCCUCCUCGAGCAUCUAUACAGAAUACAGGAGCCAGUCACGCAGCAGGUCAUGCAGAUGUCGGCGCGGUAGAAGCCGUCAUGAAGAUGUGGCCGCCUCCCGCUGGGCCUAAAGACAGAGACCCAGAGAAGGACCUCGCCCCCAGAGGAAGCAGCCAUGUUGUCCCCAGCAGCAGACCUGCAGAGCAGCCCGGCCUUCAGAGAGUCCUCAGCCAUCCAGGCCAACCUAACCCUACUGCUGUGACCUCCAGCACACCACAAGCUGCAGAACGCAGGCAGCAGAGUGAGACCACUGGGUCUGACAGAGCUGAGAACGUAGAGGAAAACCUCGCAGCUCCCAGACCAACACAGAGUCGACCAUCUGCACAGCCUGCUGAGACAGCCAGAGACCAGCCUGCUCCAAACAGCCUCGUCGUCCCUGAGGCCGUGGUGCUUUCCAGUAUGUUUCAGGGGGCUGCAGAGACUCAGCGUCCUCCUCUGAACCUGGACUUCCCUCUCUGGAACAAAGACCAGCCUCCACAGGCCACACUAGAGGACAUGGAGCUCACCUGCCAGAGACCCACCACUGUGGUGUUAUCAGACGACCUGAUGGACGUGGCAGUGAUUGGCGAGUGGGGGGAGCAGCUGGUCAACUCCUUCCUGUGCCACUGGAGAGACAGCAGCGACCCCGGACGACCCGCCCACGUCCUGUGGUGCAAUCAGGGCGGAGAGAGCGGCCAGCCCUACGACUUCAAGCUCACUUUUGAAGCUGCAGGAGGGCCGGGGGUGGUGUAUGUGGAAGUGAAGUCAACCAUAAAGAAAGAGAAGUCGUUCAUCCACCUCUCUGCCAACGAGCUGGACUUUGCACUGAAGGAGAAGGAGCGCUAUCACAUAUUCAGAGUGUACAGCGCAGGAGACGCCCAGAACGUUCGCCUGUGUCGCAUUCAGAACCUGGCGCAGCAUCUCCACACCAAGGACCUGGCACUAUAUCUGUUUGUAUAAAUCCUUUGUAAGUUUGUGGAAAUAUUUGCACUCACACCCCAUCUAAAAGCAUUUUAUAGGCCUUUUUAAGUUUAGCCUGCACUGAUUUUAGUUAUUUUAAUUGUUCCUUUGAUACCUCGUGUAUGUUUUAUUUUCCAUGUAUUAUUUUGCCAGCUAAUGAAAAAAACUGCGUUUGUGCAUUUGUGUGUCCAAAAUUUUUGUAUUGCCAACAAAUUGUGUGUUUUCUAGUAUGUGUACAAUUUCACUUUACAAAGUUAUCAGUAGACAUACUGAAUGUUUUUAAUGUUUCCUUAUUCCCCUACCUCACCUUUACUCUCGCAUUCCUUUGGAAUAAAAUUCUUUUUCUGUCA